AUGUCCGAAAACAAGAAAAAGCACCGUCAUACCUAUCAACUUCUUUGUGGUCACUCUGUGCCGCAUGGUGCGAUCGAAUUUUACGGUGUCAAAGCGCUCAAAACCUUAGGCUGCAAAAGCCAUGAAGAGGUACGCUACGAUGAACUUAAACUGACAAUUUUUUAGACUUUUGUAACGACUUAAAAUGCACUCAACUUUUGGAUAUUUUUCAACAAUAGGAACAUCCUGUAACAUAUUUUAAAGAAAAUUUGGUAAAUUUUCAAGCGAUUUCUAAAAAAACCUUCUUUAUUAGAAUUAUCAAGCUUUUAUGUUUUUAUAUGCACAAUUUCACAAAUUGCACUAACAGCUCUUUAUUUCUCGAACAGAUGCAAAAAAUGAAAAUAAAUACAAAUGGCUCCAAUCUGUAUAGAAAAACAUUCUUAGAAAUGUGUGUGACUCAUCAGGUUGAUGAAGCAACUGGACCAAACAUAAUGCGAGUAAUUAAUCGGAAGAGCUCUCGAUCUGUACUGAUAACCAAGUUAAUCAUAUUUUCGAAUGUGAUUAACACUAAAUCAUUCAAGCGAUAAUAAUGGCUGGAAGUAAAGGCUUUCACUUCUACCUUCCAAGUGGCGGUCUUCAUUUCCAAUCACGUCUGAUAUACAUAUAUUCCAACGCCUACCAGCCCUCGACAGGAGCCGUGCAGUUCCUUCAUGGAGAAGCAGCUGAUCAUUGGAACGCUCAACUCUUCAGCGUCGCCAUUCGAAGAAGUACCAUAUGAUAUUUAACUUUUGUUGGGGCGAUCCCGCAAACCUAAACUCUUUUUUAAGACCAUGGUUCAAGAGAGAAUCUUCUAAGAAGAGAGCUCUUUCAAACUUCGAAAAAAUAAACAUAUAAGAAAAAGUUUGUUUAGGGGUAGUUUGAAGUUAUCCGACAACUUUUAAGGAUCAGAAUAAUGGAGCUUUAAAUUGAGAAAAGAAACGUUUGCCGACUAAAACAAAAGCUCAAAAUCAAUGGUAAUUCUCUCGGUGAUGUUCCUAAUCAAGAAAAAAACGCAUAACAUUUGCAGGAGGGUGGGUGGAGGGAAAAAUGGCAGCGUGUCUCAUAUGAAACUUCUUUGAACACUCCCCUUUUAAUAAAAUACCAUAUAAUUCAUUCGCCUCCAUUGUGCAACUUCGAUGCUAGUUUUUGACUAGGGAGAUUUUUUGAAAAACAAUUUUUAUCAACAUUCAUAUUUAACCUACUUGCUAGAGAAAAUAAUUUUUUGUGAAUUUAUUGGUUUGGUAUAAAAACAGUUAAUGAUUUAUUUUUUCACAACUCUAAGAAUCUCAAAAAUAUUCCAAAAAAAACUCGCGAAAAAAGUCUCAAUGGUUUUUCAAAAUAAAGCAAUAACAUUAGUUGCAAAUUUCGCAAAUUUGAUUCCCAUACUUCGCAUCUUUGCCUGAGAAUGCGCAUAUUCACCGACGUAAGAGGCUAUCAUAAAAAUUUAUUUGAAUCUUCUUUUUGUUCCUUUCCUCAGACUCAUCUGUCCACACCGAUUGUCGUAUAUUUUUCAAUUUUUUCUUGUUUUGCGGGCCGCAGACUUUUUUUGUUCCAUUCAACUUUUCCAUUUUCACUUUGAAACAUUUACAUAACGAAAUUAGAGGCCAUCAAAACCAUUUUGAAACGUUCCUUUCCUUUUAAAAGCUCUUUCGAAACAUUAGUCGGCGGGGCUGUGAUCUGCCAUUUUCCGCUUUUUUUGUCACAAUGAUAUGCGUCACGCCGUUUAUGUUUAAAUGCGACAAAUCUUGUAGAUAUAUAUAGAUUUUCGUAGAGCCCCGCAAAACAUUCAAAACAGUCUUUAGUCAUUCUUUUCGUUUUCUCGGCCACGGGUGGCUGUCUUUCUCGCUUCGCGAAUAUUUUUAUAUUUCAGAUGUCUGACGACCAAGUUAAAGAAGGCUCGAUCCGUCCAACUUAUCUCCUUCCCUGUGGUCAUCGCGUGCCGCUGGAAACGGUUGAGGCGAUGGGUGUCCGCGCGGUGAACCUUUUGCCUUGUCGCCAGGUGAAAAUUUUCAAAUGUUCUCGUAAAGUUUUUUUUCCGAGUUUUUAUUAAGGAGAGAUUUCAAAAACGCAAUGAGACAUAGUUGGACAAAACUGAGAUCAUUAAUCUUGUUUUUAUUGCGCAUUUCGCAACAGUGCUUCACAAUUUCUUGGAAGUUGCGGAAAAAAUGUAAUAGUACUACAAAGGUGUGAUUCAUCUCAUUUCUAAAAGUCUUCGUUGUUGCUCUUCAUGUCCAGACGAAAGAAUGGUCGAGUAUUUUUAAAAAGGAGGAAAAUUCAGAUCGCUGAUCGGGUUCUUCCAUGCGGCCACACCGCAAAGAUGUUCUGUUACCUUUCGCCCAUCCAAAUCAGCUGCCCGGUAAGUCACUUGCUUUAUUUGAAGUUGAUCAUCCUCUAUUGCAGGAGUUCUACGUCUGCAAGAAGCGCCCUUCUACUGGAAGCUUCUUUUUCUCCGCUGAACAUCGCUUCGUGGUUUCUUGCGGUCAGAUGAUCCGCAACGGUUUCGAUUAUGCCUCUGCGAAGGCUGUUGGCGGCUUCCCGAAAGUCGACGCUAAGUACAACGCCUACUUGGUUGACAACCGCUUCACGGUGGAGUCCAGCCCGAUCGACAUUGCUCCGGUCAGCAAGGACGCCGUUUUGCCUGUUUCUGGGGACGACAACAAGCCGUCCAUGUCCCGUUAA